CAUGGUAUUUUUAAGACAGGGAUAGCACAGCUCAGGUACAAGUCGAUUCGAUUCAAGAUUCAUAGAUUUAUGAACAAAGAUUCUCAGAUAGUCAUAUGAAUUGUAUCUUAAUAAUCAAAAUGAAGUUGAAUUUAUUCAUCUUUAAUAUAAGGGUAUAAUUUUAGGGCAAUAUUUGCCCUUUUGAACAUCAACUUUGCACAUUUUUAAAUAAAUGUUUGUCCCUCCAAAAUAUCCGUUAAUUUACCCCUAGGCCCUUGAGAAAGUUCACGUUCCAGGAAGGGAAAUGACAAGACUUUACUCUUGGAAAUUGUGCUGAAUUCGGGCCUGAAUUAAUGCAAUUCGGUCGUUAUUAGAUAUUCCUUUGAGGCAUUUACUUUAUUUUCCGUGAAGAACACUGUAAAUAUCUAAUUCGUGGAGCAUGGAAUGCAGAAAGGUACAUAUUCUGCCCACAAAAGAAAUUCCUGCAGCGGUCUGUUCUUUUGUAGCAGAAAGCAGCCGAAGUGCCAUCGCAGCCAGAGGUGCUUUCUACCUGGGAGUUUCGGGAGGAAGUGUGGCGAAGUUCUUGGGAGACGGACUGCCUGAAAUUGGUGACCUGCAAUGGGAUAAAUGGCACAUCUAUUUCUGCGACGAGAGACUCGUUACAUUCGAUCACGCAGACAGUACAUACAGAAUAUAUAAGGAAAAGUUGAUCGGAAAGACUAGUCUACCUGGAAGUCAGCUGUAUGCUGUCAAACCUGAACUGCCUGUGGAUGAAGCAGCCAAGGACUAUGCAGAGAUGAUCAAGAAAGUUCCAUGUGCAGAAGGAUCCCCUUGGCCUGUAUUUGAUCUUCUUGUGUUAGGCAUGGGCCCAGAUGGACAUACAUGCUCACUCUUUCCUGGUCACAAAGUUCUUGAGGAAACAGAAUUAGUAGCUGCCCCGGUCUCUGAUUCUCCCAAGCCCCCUCCUUGUCGUGUAACUUUGACCUAUCCAGUCAUCAAUGCAGCCAGAAGUGCCAUGUAUGCAUCCGCUGGGGCUGGCAAGGCAGCUAUACUUCAAAGAGUUCUUGAAGGCAAUGAAGAUCCCCCUCUGCCUGCUUCAAGGGUAAAGCUAACGAAUGGAGUUGUACACUGGUUUAUAGACCAACCAGCUGCAGCAGAGCUAAAGGCAUCAUAUUGAAAAUGAGAGUACUUCUAGGGGUGUUUUAUGAAGUUGUGUGUUGGUUAAGAUGGACUUUUUCAAACGACUAGAGUAUGAGGUGCCACGAGAUUAGACUUCAAUAUUUCAUGAUAUGUUAAAAAACAGUGUGGCAGAGCUGCCAACCUAAAUUGUAAAAAAAAUUCUAUGUUUUUAAUGCUAUUUUCAAGCCUCAAAUCCUACUUUUCUUUAAAAUUUUGAAAAGCACAUUGCAAGUUUCAAAAAUCCUAUCUCUAGGGUAAAAAUCAUUUUUAGUGUCCCUUUCAUCAUCCUACUGAAUAGGAUAAAAUCCUACUAAUUAGCAGCUCCAGUGUAGGGUAUCUUGAGAUAUCUGUGCCUAACUUGUGGGUAACUUACAAACAAAUUCAUGAAACAGCCCCAAUGAGUGUCAGAUAGUUGAUGCCAUUGGUAUCCAAAAUAGCUUUCACCAAGGACCAAAAUUCAAUACCAGUGGUUCUGGUUGUAAUCACUGUAGUGCAAGAUAGAACUAAUGAAAGAAAUCACUUUUAGUUCUGAACACAAACUGCUGAGCUACUAUGUUUAUGUAGUCGGUAUUUAGCCCUCGAGGUAAACGUGAAGAAAAGUCGAGUUAUAAUAGUGGAUUGAAAAUACUCAUGGGGCGAUAUGAUUCCCUUUUGUAAUUGUAAAACAUUAUAUGUCAAAUGCUCGGAAUCCUCAAGCUUUUUGUAAACAUUAUGAAAAAGAAAAUCAAUCAACCAGAGAACAAUAAAUAGAUUAAGGUGUAACAUUGAGGGAUGUAAAAGAGAGAUAUAUUAACAGGUAAUUGGAACUUUUUAUUCAUAGUUUCCUAUAGACUUAAAGAACUGCUUACUUGAACAAUGAAUUGUAUAUUUUGUGUUACUUGACUUUCAAAAUUCGAUUAUCAUUGCAUUUUUGGAUGGAUGCUUCAACCAAGGACCCUAUGAAGCAGUUUUAUCAGUGAUUUCUCACUGGAUAGGUUUUGUUAUGAUCAGUACUACUGUAUGCAUGUGAUAGCUGAAAGCUGUUUUCACUCAUUUGUUAUUUGUAAUACUAGUUAUAUAGCGCCGUCUAUCUAAACAUUUUAUUUUGAGAAGCACGAGAAAAUUUGUAUAGAAAGCAGAAAGUUUGGAUUAGUGUCACAAUGCCAAGCACUGUUCAUGUUAAAAAGAAAAGACUUCAGUUGGAUUUGAACUUCUUUAGUGACGAUAAGAGCAAGUUACAAGAUUAUAGAUCUAGAAGCUAUCCACUAGUACUUUGGUGGGAUAUUUUGUUUAUAUUAGUGGGAGGUGUCCCUUGGAACGUUUUAUGAAAGGACCUGUCAAAUGUGUCAUCCGACAAGUCCUGUUUUAUCAGAUAGUAACCAUAGAGUGUUUCUCAGACAAUCAAGAAGAAAUUGUCAGAUCUGACAACUUGUCUGGUGAAAAUGUUGAUAAAACACUCCCCUAGUGCCAGCCUCUCAAAAUUUCUUGAUUUUAUAAUCAUAAGUUUCUUCCAUGAUCUAAUCAUAUGCAAACACAAAUAUCAUAAUGUAAGGAAAGUGUACAAUAAGAUGUUAAUAUUAUGUCAGAUAGUUUUAUUAGAUAUAUGAUUAUGUACAGUAUGCAGAAUGAGGAAAACACAUUUGCAAUAUUGGGCAGUACAUGAAAAUUGGACAAGUUUGACUUGAAAGAAAAUUGCUUUAUUUGGUUGUUUUGUUUGUACAUGUACUUUUUGUAAAUGACUUGAUUAAAUAAGAAAGAGCUUCUA